CAGUAGCAGCAGCAGCAUCGCCUUGUUUCGCACCCGCUGCGUUCCCGAGCCGCUGUCCGUCGACCAACCAGCGGUGUGUCGUCAGGUAUGACGACCAGCCCCCGCGGCAACAGCCGCAGCGGCAGUGGAGGCAGCGCGGGUCCCGGCAGCCGCCGCACCCACUUCCGAGAGUCCCAGCAGGUCCCCCAGGGCACCCCCCGGGACAUGUACGACAGCCUUCUGAGCGACGUCAACAAGCGGGAGACGUCCAAGAGCAAGCCGUCCAUCGCGUUCACCGCGCCCCACGACAACAUGGACUCGCCUUUCGGCUCGCUCGAAGAGUUCAGGGACUUCAUGUACAGCUACUACACCGAGGGCCAAUCCAUGAUCGCUCACAUGCGUGACCGUGUGCCCCGGGACCUGCCCGAAGUGGCGCAGCUGCUGGAGGCGUCCUUCAAGAGGUACGUGAUGCUGAAACUCGAGCUGGACUGCUACUUCUCGACGGUGGUUAACUACAGCGCGGAGCGCAUCUCCAAGGAGGACCUGCGCUACUGGCCCAACCACAUCCUCAAGAACAUGGACGAGAACAUGAGCUGGAUCAUGGAGCUGAUCCGGCGCCGGCCCAGCCUGUCCGAGUUUUACAACGACACCAUGGAGCAGCUCAAGAUGCUGCUCUACCAGAUGCGCUCGGCCACCCAGCUCUACGACUGGCAGUCCUUCUAGCGUGAUGAUUGGCUCGGCCACGGCCCCGUGACGUCACCGCCGCUCGCGUGCACCCUACCGCCGAGAAUUGACUGACGCAUUAAAUGUUUUCUCGGGCAAGGAAUGUGGCUCAUUUUCUUGUCCUGACGCGGGAAACGGGAGAAGGUUUCCGUUCGUGUCUG